CGACAUUAAAAAAGAAGAAGAAACGCACCACGUGACCAGAUGUGGUCCAUGAUGCUGAAGCGUCGUUAGAAACGGAUGUUUUUCUCAUCGGUCCUUAUCCCACUGACAGAGGGGGACACACGCACGCGCAGAAAGAUGGGGCGCCUGGGCUCCGUGCAGCAGAAGAUACCGUGUGUGUUCGUGACGGAGGUGAAGGAAGAACAGUCCAGGAAACGUGAGAGUCAGCAAUUUCAGGUUGUUGCUACUGAACACGUGAACCCCGUCGCUCUGGAGGCUGACAUUAAUUGUGCACUUGCCACAGAAAAACUGGAUGGUACCUGCUGUUAUGUUACACUCUACAAAGGGCAGCCUUACCUCUGGGCUCGACUGGACAGGAAACCCAACAAACAAGCAGAGAAGCAAUUCAAGAAGUACCAGCACUCUCACAGGAGCUCCAAAGGUUUCACGUGGAACGUAGAGGACGAUUUUAAGAUGGUGCCAGAGACGUGGAUCCCAGCUCACCGGGUCAAACAUCACAACGGCUAUCCAGUGCCUGAUGACCUCGGACACAUUCCAGGCUGGGUUCCAGUGGAGAAGGACAACAAGCAGUACUGUUGGCACUCGUCUGUGCUGGAUUACGAAGUCGGGGUGGCUCUUGUUCUCAGGCCCAAGGCUGACGAUGAAGACAUGUUAGAAAUUGUAGCAGUUCCGCUUGCUGACCUCAUGGAACAAACCCUGGAACUCAUUGGAACCAACGUGAAUGGGAACCCUUAUGGACUGGGGAGUAAAAAGCAGCCGGUCCACUUCCUGGUGUCCCACGGGAGUGUUAAAUUCAGAACGCCUCCACCGGUGGACUUCCAGCAGCUGCGCUCCUGGUUCCACGAGUGUCCAGAGAGCCGAGUCGAGGGCAUCGUGUGGCACUGCAGCGACGGCACUCUCCUUAAGGUUCAUCGUCAUCACCUGGGACUGAGGUGGCCAGACGGGGAGUCCUGCUUUGGGAACAGGUCGGUGGGGAUUCACGUGGACGGGACAGUGGAGGACAACAACAGCAGAGACUUGUUCGCCUCUUUCUCUGCCCUGAAUGGACGCAGCUUCAGCCGACUUCAGGACGUCCACUUUGACCCAUAAACCCUCAGGCUGAGACGAUGAAAUAUUCCCUCUCCUAAAGCUGCUGUGAUCCUGUUAGGAUUUACCACCUUGCUGAUCGCUGGCUGAUAGUUUGACCUGUCGGUAGCGAUCAGUAAUUUAACAUGAACUAUUUCAGGUUAUUUUCACGUGAGACCCGUGAAGUACACCGAGGCUGAACAAGGCUUUUUUUGUGUCCCGCCACACAUAUGUGAAUAUUUCAGAGGUGAACCUUCACCUUCCGUUCACUCUGUGUGAGCGGGGGAUCAAAUAUUAGCUGCCUGUGUCGAGGCAACAGCUACAUUCCUGCACGUAGAGUUCAACAUGGGUGAACUUUGACCUGCGAUAUUCCCUUCACAUUUGCACGUGUGUGACCGGGGCCUCUAUCAAAAUUAGCUGAAGGUCUUAAUCUGCGGUUUUCAGUGAGGCCGGGCUCACUGAAGCUGGAUCAAACCUACAGCGCCAAACAGGAACAGUUGCUCUUCAUGGAUCACUACGUUUGAGCAUUUCUGCUCAGUGCUGCAAAUAUGAAAUGCACUUUUUUUUCAAUCAUCAGAGCACAGCUCGCAUCAACAUUCAACAGGCUUGGAACCUUUUAAUCAUGCAUAAGCAUUUUAGCGUUUUUAGUGUGAAUAUGCUUCCAGUAUUUAAAAAAAGACUGACCAACUGGAUGUUUUUAGCAAGAAGCUUGAAUGUUCCAUCUAUAUACAAUAAAUUCUGUGUCACAGUUAUUUCAAUGCUAAGUGAAGAUCAUCUGAGCAUGUAAACAAUCUGCUAAGUAUCAAAACUGCUUUAUUCACAAAGGACAUUUACAUUGAAGUUCAAUAUGUCAGAACUGUAUAAUAUACAAAUCUUAUAAAUAUGCUACUACACCAGCCAGAGAACUAGUAUAUUAACAUAGAAAGCUGCCUUAUGGAAGAGGGUGGGGGAGCUGCGUCACAUUAAAAGGUCAAACUUAAUGAUUUGGUUCCUACUCAAUCAUUCAAACACAUUUCGCUCAGGACCAUAUUAAAGGGAUAGUUCACAGAAAAAUGAAAAUUCCCUCAUUAUCCACUCACCACUAUGCCGAUGGAGGGGUGGGUGAAGUGUUUGAGUCUGUUUACCCCCCGAGACUCCUGAAGUGUUUUGUCGACUCUAACACUUCACCCAUAUACUUCAUGGCAUAGUGGUGAGUAGAUAAUGAGUGAAUUUUCAUUUUUGGGCGAACUAUCCCUUUAAGGUUCAGCUGAGAUCUAAACUGAAAAUGAGCACUAAAGUUAAAGAUAAAUUCAAAGUUUAAUGUUUAAUUCUAACAGUGUUAAGUCCACUGAACGGCUCAGUUACCCUGUGUCAACUGAUGGACACACUGGGCAUGUCAGGUUUCACACCAAACCGGUCACACACUUUCCUCAGCUGCUCCUCCAGCAGAAUGUUCUUCUUCACCUCCACAUUGUAGUUAUAUUUCAAGUCCUCAAUCUCCUCAAAAAAUGUCGGGUCAAAGUUCUCCAGCUCUUUCUGCAGCUUGUUGACCUCAGCUUGAAGUUUGGUUUUCUCCAUCUCUGCUGCCUGCAGACGACUUCUGAGCUUCCCGAGAUCUACGAACACAAGACAAGAGGCAGCGGAGGUGACUGUUGUUCUUCAUGACUGCUCACGUCACAUACAUUCAGAUGUUUGAGUAGCUGAUUAAACUGAGACCAGAUUACUUGAACGCUCCACAUGAAGCCAACAUUUGCAGAAAACCAGCAGUUUAUGAUGAUGUCGUGUUUAAGAGACCAGACAUGUUUUGUGAGGCCACAUUGACCUUGACCUUUGACCAGCAACAUCGCAUCAAUUCAACUGAAGUUUGUAUCAAAUUUGAAAAAAUUAUCUCAAGGCAAGAAAUAUAUUUUGUUCACAAGAAUGGGAAAACAAAAACAUCAUGCCACCAUCUUAUUGCUAUUGCUGGUGCGGAGGCAUAAACACGUUUGAUUGCAGCAGAGUAACUAGAAAACCCAAACACACGUCACACUGUUCCAUCUCACUGCCUCCCAGCAGCAGCUGUGUGUUUGGAAGUCUCACCUGGUUUAGAUGAAGUCUCACCAUAUCGCUGACUGUACUCACUGAGGCUGUGCUUCAGAUCUCUGUUCUCCUGCUGCAGCUCAGUGUUGACCAACCUAACGACAAAACAAACAUGGAGAUUUUUGUAGAAAUUAAACUUCCACAAGUUACUUAAACCAAACAAAUAUACUUGAUCGGGAUAGGAAAAUACUGCUGUCGCUAUAUACUGUACAUUGUGUUUGCAUUCAUUUGAUGGUGCUUCAGACGACCUCAGCAUUUUUUAGAGCCCUGACUGAGAUAAUUGUGUUUUUUCCACCAGUGAGUGACUUAAAAAGCCAAACUGAAUGAGGCUUCAGCGCUGCUGGAACACAGACAGAUGGUGUUUGUGGGUGAGAUGGCAAAUUGUGAGAGAAGUUACAGAUGGAGGUGACGAGCCCUCACUGUCUCUGCGACACGCAUCAUAACAUUGUGCCGGAAAAGGGCAGAAAAUGUGCACGGUCACUCGGGUGUUCUGUUUACAUCACUGCCCACCAGAGCUGCAGCUGAUUAACACCCAUGACUACUGCAGUCACUUGGUGAUGAGAGUCCUGUUUCCCACUGAAGACAAACCAAAUCAAAAAGCCAGAUGUUAGUGGGUGUCGUUGGGUUUUGUGUCCAGUGUGAAAGAGGCUUCACGGUAUUGUGAUAUGAUCAUAGUAUUUUCCAGAUGUUCAGUCAUGGUGAUUCAAACAAACUCUCUUAAAGAUGUAAUUAUAAGUAAAGUCAUUAUUCACUGAAGUGUCUGUUUGCUUGAAGUUCUGCCACAACGUAACACACUCAUUCAACACCAAUCUGGUUAUAUGUCACUCUGCAUAUAUUAGCACUAUGGGGACAAAUGUGAUUAUGAUCAAAAUGAUAUUAACUAUAUGGUUCAUCCCUAAUAUUACUACAUUAUUACCAAUACUCAACAGUGCACAUAGCUUUGCAUACCUCAUUGCCCUGAACUCCUUGGUGAGUCCAGCAUCAGUCUUUGCAGCAGUGGGGCAGUUUUUAAACAUGUCAACCUGAGAAAUGACGAACAAAUAACAAUUUAAACCUCUUUAUAUGACACAAUGGGUCUGAUCGCUCAGCUCACUCACACUGACAGACAGGGAUUGAAGAUGAGAGGAGAACUCUAACGUGAACCAGGCGGUUUGUCAAAAUAAAUGUAAGAAGAGUGGCAACACAAA